AUGGCGGACAGAUAUUCGUUCUCGUUGACUACCUUCUCCCCAAGUGGAAAACUAGUACAGAUAGAGUAUGCUUUAAAUGCAGUCAAUCAAGGUGUUACUGCGUUAGGAAUCAAAGCUACAAACGGCAUCGUCCUCGCAACAGAAAAGAAGUCCUCAUCACCAUUAAUCGACCCACCCUCCCUCACAAAAGUCAGCACCAUCACCCCAAACAUCGGCAUGGUAUACUCAGGCAUGGGCCCAGACUACCGCGUCCUAGUAGACAAAGCCCGCAAAGUAUCGCACACCAACUACAAACGCAUCUACAAUGAAUAUCCCCCAACCAGAAUAUUAGUACAGGAUGUCGCACGAGUGAUGCAGGAAGCGACGCAAUCAGGUGGUGUGAGACCGUAUGGUGUGAGCUUGUUGAUUGCAGGUUGGGACGAGGGAAUUGAGCCAGAGACUGAGGAUGCGGCGACGGCUGAUACGCAUCCGGAUGAGAAGAAACCUAGUGGGAAGACUGGGGGGAUCUUGAAGGGUGGUCCAUCGUUAUAUCAGGUUGAUCCCAGUGGUAGUUAUUUCCCAUGGAAAGCUACGGCUAUUGGAAAGAGUGCUACGAGUGCGAAGACUUUCUUGGAGAAGAGAUAUACCGAGGGAUUGGAGCUUGAGGAUGCUGUACACAUUGCUUUGUUGACAUUGAAGGAGACUAUCGAGGGUGAGAUGAAUGGAGAGACGGUUGAGAUUGGUAUCGUUGGACCACCAGCCCAUCAUCUCCUCGGUGUCGAAGGUGUCGAAGGCGCGCAAGGACCAAGAUUCCGAAAGUUGACACCCCAGGAGAUUGAGGAUUACCUGACGAAUCUAUGA